AUGUUAGCAUGUAGCACAUAUCACAGAGAUGUUGCACAUGCAUCACUUUUCAUUCAGAACACCUCAGUGACUGUAUGUAGCAUUGUGCUCAUGUUGGUGUUCUCGUAUAAACAAAGGAUUGAACAGAUCUGGGAUGGAUGGCUUACUGUGGUUUGUUAUACGGUGGUGAUCGUCCUGGCAGAUGUGGCUAACCUUGCAAGCACAGCACUGACCAUUGCCAUUCAGAGGGACUGGAUUGUGGUGAUCACUGGCUACAAUCGGGGUCACCUAGCUGGAAUGAAUGCAACCAUGAGGCGGAUAGAUCAGGUGACCAACAUCCUGGCCCCGCUCGCAGUGGGACAAGUCAUGACCCUGGCCUCCAACGUGGUUGGCUGUGGCUUCAUCCUGGGGUGGAACCUCUUCUCUCUUAUUGUGGAGUUCUUUUUCUUGUCGAGGGUAUACCGCAUUGUCCCUGCCCUAUCUGUCAAACCCCCAACAGCUGAGGGUGACCAGACACACCUGGAGAGGACCGAGGGGAGAAGCCCGCAAGGGGAAGGCAAUGUUGCCCAACCUCAUCCUCUGCCAGAAGAAAACUCCAACUCAAGCGUGCAUAGAAAAGAAAUCACCAACCUGCCACUGUGUUUUCAGAGGUUUCGCUGGCUGAUGAGCACAUGUAAAGAUGGCUGGAGGGCUUACUAUCGUCAGCCCGUUUUCCUGGCAGGAAUGGGUCUGGCCUUUCUCUACACGACAGUCCUGGGGUUUGACUGCAUCACUACUGGCUAUGCAUAUACGCAGGGCAUCAGUGGCUCUCUCCUUAGUGUGCUUAUGGGUGUGUCAGCUAUCACAGGGUUGAUGGGCACCGUGAUGUUCACCAAACUCAGGAAGACCUAUGGCCUAGUUAACACAGGCAUCAUCUCCAGCUGCCUCCACCUGGGCUGCUUGUUGCUCUGUGUGUGCUCUGUGUUCGCUCCUGGCAGCCCUAUGGAUCUUAGCUUGCUGAUGCCCUACUUUGCCUCCAAUUCCUCUGUUGAGCCUGGGGAGACUGCAACCCAAAAGCAAAAACACGCCUAUCCUCUGACAGGAGGGAGAAAUCAGCCACUGCUUCCUGAUCGCUCCUCCAUUCACUGGACCAACAACACUGUUCUAUUUGACAAUGUGCCCUCUGGAACAGCACCAGAAUCAUACAUUUCCAUUAUUCUGCUGUUCUUGGGUGUCAUCACAGCACGAAUUGGUCUGUGGUCUUUCGACUUGACUGUGACACAGCUUCUGCAAGAGACCAUCUCUGAGUCAGAGAGAGGAGUGGUUAAUGGGGUGCAGAGCUCUAUGAACUACCUAAUGGACCUUCUUCACUUCAUCAUGGUGAUCUCCGCACCCCAGCCAGAACACUUCGGCAUCCUGGUGAUCAUUUCUGUUUUAUUCAUCACCACCGGGCACUCCAUGUACUUCCUGUAUGCACAUAAAGCUAAGAGAAAGCAUCGCCUCGACAGGAUUCACACAUGAAAUUCGCCCCAGCACUGUUUUCCUUCUGUUCCGGUGAAAUGAUUGCCCCCCUUCUACUCUCCCUGCAACACCUUGCUCCUGACUCAGCCAUUCAUUUCUGCACAACACAGCAAGUGUCUAUCUCGCCUCAGAUGCUUCCUUGUGUGGCACAACAGCAGUUAUUCUGGAGAAGAAGAGUGGGAGACAAGAUCUCCAUUCUGGUUAACAUAUUGAGGUGAUAACAACAAAAAGAAAUGCUACUAGACAAUCGCCUGGGGGAAUCUAAUCUAUCAGACAACAAGACACAAAAGUAUCGGCUAAAGCAUCAGUAUAUGCCUGCACAAACUCCAGGAGAUACUGCAGCUUUUAAGACUUUCAGAUAAGUCAGUGAACUUACAAGGCUAUUGUGGGGGUGCAUUGGGUGGGGUGGACAGAUGGGGAGAUUUUCUCAUCUUCUAUCAGUUCAAAGUUGUUAUGGGGAAGAAAACUAAGGUGAUUAAUGAUGAUGAAGACAAGAUAAAAACUGCAUUCUCACAAGUGGCAAUGAUGUUACUGAUCCGUCCACUUGGAAAUAUUCCAGGAUGUCCAAAAAGGAACAUAAAGGGAACUUGAUGUGAGAUUGUUUACUUUUUUAAAAAAAGAAAAAAAGAAAGGCAGCCUCCCCUUUUAAUGGACAAAGUGAAAGGAUAAGAGUAUUCACUUCCCCUGGUUUGUUUCUCUGUGGAUGAAUCAUGUGGACAUUUGCCUUUCCUAUAUAUGUGUAAACCUUUUUUAUGAUGACAUCAUGGGUCACGGCAGGUACUCUAGUCAGACUGUCACAAAAUCAAUUUUACCUUAACUGCUUGUGUAUUUUGAGAAAUAAAAGCAUUUGCCAAACUUUCUUUUUUUCACCAAAAGAGUGAUGUUAAUAGUUUUAAAUAAAUCAAAGGAUUCUAUCUUGUUUUUG